CCUCCUCCCUCCCUGUUUCACGGGACUUUUCUCUGGCUGUGUGGACAAGCCUCAGGAAUUUGAGUGUGUGAAGUUAGGCUGUUCAGGGGUCUUGGCUUGGGGACCCGGUGACUGUGAUGUUGCUGGGACUGGUUGGAGAAGGUCCCACUCCCUAACCACUGCGAGGGAACACAUGGUGGACAGGCUCCACAAUCCUGUAUGAGGACUACGUAAGAACCUGGCCACCAAUCCUUGGCCUGAUCCAUCUCGCAAGCCUUUGCCAAUCCGAUAGGUAUAAAAUGCACCAGGAGAAAGAAGCCUGAGAAGAAGCUGCUGCCACUGUGAAGGUCCCAGGAUUGGCCUUUGUAAGGCAACGACUGCAUUCUCCUAACACUCCACCAGAAUGAAUUUCAACAGUUGUCUGUACAAUAUUGGGGAACAGCUGGACAGUGACGAGCUGGCCUCCCUCAAGUUCCUGAGCCUGGACCACAUCCCACAAAGGAAGCAGGAACCCAUCCAGGACGCCCUGAUGUUAUUCCAGAGGCUCCAGGAGAAGAGACUGCUGGAGGAGAGCAACCUGUCCUUCCUGAAGGAGCUGCUUUUCCGAAUUAACAGACUGGAUCUACUGACCACCGAGCUGGACACCAGCAAGGAGGAGAUGGAGAGAGAGCUGCAGUCACCGGGCAGGGCCCAGAUCUCUGCCUACAGGGUCAUGCUUUUUCAGAUUUCAGAAGAUGUCAACAAACUGGAAUUGAAGUCCUUUAAGUUUCUUUUGAGCCGGGAGCUCCCCAAAUGCAGACUGGAUGACGACAUGAUCCUGCUUGAUAUUUUCAUAGAGAUGGAGAAGAGGGUCAUGCUAGGGGAAAGAAACUUGGACACCCUGAAAAAAAUCUGUGAGCAAGUCAACAAGAGCCUGCUAAAGAAAAUCAACGAUUAUGAAGAAUUAAGCAGAGAGGGAAGAAUCAGCCUUGAAAGAAGUCCGGAUGAAUUUUCAAAUGGGGAGGGCUCGCUCGCAGGGCAGGCAAUGUCCGACUCUCCAGGACAGCAGAACAGCGAGUCCCAGACGUCAGACAAAGUUUACCGAAUGGAAAGCAAACCUCGAGGAUACUGUUUGAUCUUUAACAAUCAUGAUUUUAGCGCCGCACGGCGGGACGUGCCCAAACUUCAGAACAUUAAGGAUAGGAAUGGAACGGAUUUGGAUGCAGAGGCUUUGAGCAUGACCUUUACUGAGCUUCAUUUUGAGGUAGUGCCUUACAAAAACUCCACAGCAAAGGAUAUCUGUGAUGCUCUGCGAGAGUACCAAGAGAUGGACCACAAAAAGAAGGACUGCUUCAUCUGCUGCAUCCUCUCCCAUGGAGACAAGGGCAUCAUCUACGGCUGCGAUGGGCAGGAAGCCUCCAUCUAUGAGCUGACCUCUUACUUCACUGGUUCUAACUGCCCUUCCCUCGCAGGCAAACCCAAAAUCUUUUUUAUUCAGGCUUGUCAAGGGGAUAAUUACCAGAAAGGUAUAGCUGUUGAGACUGACUCGGAACUGACGGAUGCCUAUUUAGAAAUGGACUCAUCAUUUCAGAAGAGAUGCAUCCCAGAUGAGGCUGACUUUCUGCUGGGGAUGGCCACUGUGAACAACUGUGUUUCCUACCGAAACCCCUUGGAAGGGACCUGGUAUAUCCAGUCACUUUGUCAGAGCCUCAGAGAAAGAUGUCCUAGGGGCGAAGACAUUCUGACCAUCCUAACCAAUGUGAACUUUGAAGUGAGCAGUAAGGACGACAAGAAAAAUAUGGGGAAACAGAUGCCUCAACCUACUUUCACGCUGAGAAAAAGACUCGUCUUCCCUCUGAAUUGAUGCCAUUGUUUAUUUGCGUAACACUAUGCUUAAUUUAUUGUUACUAA